AUGAUAUUGACGAAACCUUUUCCUCCGUCGGCCAGAGAGGCUCGGUGGUUGUACUUGAGCUGUCUGAGUGGUAUUGUGGUGUUGGUGGUGUUCUUCAGCCAUACUCUGUGGCCACAUUUCGAUAUUCACUCUUAUGACUUAUCUGGAGAAAGGACUGGAACGCAAACAAGUCAUACAAAUCCGUAUAACCAAGAUGGCGCAAUUGACGAAGAAGAGGAUGAGAUGUAUUAUCUUGGAUCGAAAAAGAACGAAACAUCAGAAUCACAUAGGCUACAGGAUAUGAAGUACGCCGUCAUUCUCCCAACAUUUAGUGGACACAUGCCUCUUGCGAUGGAGUUCCUGCAGUCUUAUAUGUGCCUUUGUACAGAUCAGUCAAAAAUCGAUUUCCACGUCAUCGUGUCAGAUUCAAAUGAGGUCGUAAUGUUCCAAGAUGCGAUGAAAAAGUUGAAGCCCUGUGGGCCAACCUACAGCAUUUUCCCGACGCCAGCGAUGAACAUCAACGGGCCGAAACCGAAAAUCAACAUCAUCAACAUGUUCGACAUUCUACCCCCCGUCUUUCACUCCAUGACGACGGGGAAAAUCACAGGCAAUGAUACGUCGGCGCUUCUAAAAGAACGUGGAAAAUACCAAUACCAGACAAUCAAGAAGAUGUCAGCAGCACUGGAGCUCGAUUACGACUACGCGCUCUGGCUGGACUCCGAGGCUAUCGCCGUGCAGCCGUUCAGCAUGCGCCAAACUUUUGAUGCUUACGUCAAGGACCCUACGAUUUGGAGGUCGAGAAUGACCAAUGACGAUUUCAUGCGGAGACUCAUCGGUGCCGCGGCAAACGUUCUAGAUCGAUCGAUGGACUCAUUCGGACCCGCCUUUUGGAACCUGGAGAGUGUGGAAUGGAUUUUCGAGAAGAACAUGAUCAAGGAUCUGGUUCAGUAUGUUGAAAAGGUUCAAAAACAAGACUUUUGGACUGCGUGGGUCACGCAUGGUGGACCGUUCGAGGUGAACCUUCUCAACAUGCAUAUCCAAGCACGAAAGCUGGAGACGACGGACCCCCUAUUCACCCAAUACCGGAUCAUCGAGACUGAACGAGAGAUGCAGAAAUACGGCAUGGUUGAACCAGCAAAAGCUGUGAUCGACGCCAUGACAGGAACUGGCCUCCUGGAGAGGGGCUACAAGUUGUUGGCAGUCCCAGAAAUAGUACCAAACUUUUCCUCCAUGCUACGCGAAAAUGGUCAGACUCUCUUUCGACUCGACGAUCUCGAGGUUGGUCCACCAGAAGCCAUCGAUCGGUUUCUGUUGGAGACGCCGAUAAACAUCAUAUGUUCGGGAGCUCCGUCGUUGCAUAGUUGGUGGGAAGAGCGGAAGAAGAGCAUUUAG